ACUUCUUGUGAUUGGAAACGAUGUCGAAGUCAGUUUAUCACGGAACUUCAGUGAUAAAACAUCGAAAUGAAGUAUUUCACGCGACUGUGUCUCUUCCUCACACUCUGUGCAUCCUGUCUGGCCGGCAGUUCCAUUUGCAUCACUCACAGUGACUGUGGGGGAUGUCUGCAUGCCGAUAUGAGUUGCUCCUGGUGCACUGAUCGCAAUUAUGACAUGCGAAAGGUGCGCUGUAUGACUAAAGCUGAUCUCAUUGCGUCUGGCUGUCGUGCAGACUUCAUCCUGUCCAAUGUGAAACACAAAGUGGAGUACGUGAGAAAUGAGAAUCCUGUGGAUUUUACGAAGUCCAACCCAGAUGCCAUACAAAUACAACCACAGCAUAUAAAACUCAAGUUGCAGAGACAACGCACCCAAACUGUGAAAAUGACAUACAAGCCGGCGAAAAAUUAUCCGUUGGAUUUAUACUACUUGAUGGACUUGACUGUGUCGAUGAGGGACGACAAGGACACUCUGGUCAAUAUGGGAGGAAGUCUGGUAAAUGCACUUUAUGAGCUCACCGAGAACUACAGACUAGGCUUUGGAAGUUUCGCUGACAAGCCCAGAAUGCCCUUCAUAUUCCCCGAUGAGAAGUACAUUGAGAAUCCUUGCGCACCGGAAAGAGAAGUGUGUGAACCCGUUUAUGGGUUUCGCCAUCGACUCAGCUUCACCGAAGACAUUGAGAAGUUUAUUCAGAAAGUCAAUUCCAGCGACGUUACGGGGAAUGUGGACAAUCUCGAGGGUGGUCUCGAUGCUCUCAUGCAAAUUCUGGUGUGUGGCGAUAAGAUCGGUUGGAAGGAAAAGGCGCGAAAAAUUAUCGUCUUUGCAUCCGAUGGACAAAUGCAUUUCAGUGGUGAUGGACUUCUAGCUGGGAUUGUGAUGAAGAAUGACAAGUUGUGCCACUUGAGCGAUGAUGGAGAGUAUCUGGCAUCCACAGAGAUAGACUACCCUUCUCUCGAGGAGAUCUACAGAACUCUGACUAAGCACAAGAUCAGCGUUAUCUUCGCCGUGACUAGAGAUGUUCACAGUCACUAUGAUCAAAUCCACAACCUUCUCCACGGCAUGUCCAGUGUGGGGACAUUGAUGAUGGAUUCGUCGAACAUUUUGGAACUCGUGCGCGAUGGUUAUCAAGAAUUCAUCAAACAAGUAGAAUUCUUCGAUAACGCUCCGCCUCACAUUCGCAUAGACUAUGAAACGAACUGUGGCGUGUACAAGUAUCGGAAAUCCCAAAGUUUCUGCAACAACAUUGAGAUCAACAAGAAGUACGAGUUCUACAUCAAUAUUACACUCCUGGAUUUGCCAGAAGACGGAAGGACUAAGGACACCAUUCGCAUAGAGGAGAGUCACAUCACGGAUGAAUCCUUGACCAUGGAUAUUGAAAUUGAGAGUGACUGCAAAUGUUUGACAGAGGAAAAGGGCGAAUACAACAGUCCUUUGUGCAAUUACAAAGGCGAAAUGAGAUGCGGGAUGUGCAUUUGUGAUUCUGGAUGGGCUGGACAGCAAUGCGACUGCGAAUUGUCCAAUUUCAACAGCUACAAGGCCUUAGAGAAUAACUGCCGGAUACGAACAAUCGAUUCCAGUACUAAUGAGACCACUUACGGAUCAAUUUGCUCUGAUAAUGGCCAGUGCAUUUGCGGCGAAUGCUUCUGCAAUGCUGGAGUUGAUGGGAAAUAUUGUCAGUGUCAAGCAUGUCCACUGAACAAGGGAAAAGAGUGUUCUGAUCACGGAACUUGCGAUUGUGGCGUGUGUAAAUGCCUUCCGGAUUGGGAAGGAGAUCAAUGUCAGUGUCCAGCGAAAUCUGUCUGCAUUGCUCCGAAUUCCAAUGUCGAAUGCUCUGGCAAAGGAAAGUGCGAAUGCGGAAGAUGCGUGUGCAAUUCGGGAUCAAUUGGAAAAUUCUGUGAGGGUGAAAGCACCGAAGGAUCCUCGCUUUGCUCAUUCUAUGAAAAUUGUGUACUCUGUCUGAUCCACCGAUUGGAAGGCCAAGAGUGCGACAAGGUGAUGGAGCUCUGCUCCUCUCAAGAUGGUCAAGAGUAUUACUAUGAAUUCAUUCAGCGACCGCCAGACAAUGAAAUCAAAUGUGUUGUUCACACCAAAGAACCAAGUAAUCCUGAAAUCACUUGUAGACACGAAUUUAUCUACGAGAACACCAUAAAAGGGGACACAUUCUUGAAGAUUCUGCACAGAAAUUGCAAACCCGUGAACACGGCUUUCAUAUCACUAAUGCUAGUAAUUGCUACAAUCGUCAUAGGCCUCGUGCUGAUACUCGCUGUGAAACUUCAUCAUCAUAUGCAAGACAAGAGAGAAUGGGCGAAAUUUGAGGAAGAGAAAAAGAACACUCAAUAUCACGAACUCAACCAAAUAUACAAAACGCCCAUAACCCAAUUCGAAGUGCCUGAGCAAUAUCGACAAUCUUUGCCAGAACCAACUUUCGAAGUCCUGGAAUCGCCAACCAGAACCAACCUCUAGAAAAAUAUAUCCUCAUCGUGUAACUUUUUUUUUACCAUUCUUAUAAAUACGUUAAAAUAUGCUUACGGAGCUUUUAAAUUUUAAGAGAAAUUUGCAAAAAAGAAAAUAAAUG